GCAGCAGCUCGGUGUUAGACGACGAUGUGAAGCUAGGUGGCCGCACCGACACAUUUAUCGCGCCGAGGCUUGUCGUGCCAGACGCACAUGGGAUCCGUCCUGCGCACCCGGGGAUCUUCAGCACCCGCAGCCGAGCGGAGGGCACCCUGAGCCGGCUCCGGAGCUCCCGGACUCUCCCCCCUCCCUCCCCAGCUCAGACUCUUUUCGAAGGCGGUUUUCUCUCCUUCCUUCCUUCCUUCCUUCCUGGUGUUUUCCGUCCAGCCGUGCGUUGAUCCCGACAGACCGUCAGCCGCGGCGGACGAGCUGCGUCUUUGCGCGGGGAGGUCGGACUUUACCGUUGGAGGGGUAACAAGAAAAAACACCAACAAAACACACGAGAAGAAGAAGAAAAAAAACCUCCCCCUUCUUUGAUUUCCUGUCAGCUUUUUUCUCGAUUUAUUUCCUGCUGCCAAAAAAAAACAAACAAACAAACAAAAAAAACAGGAACCCGAAGCUUUUUUUCCACCUUUUUCCUCCCGAGGAUGAAAGAAAACUAGAUUUGCCAUCGAGGAUUUUUUUCUUUGAAUUUUUUUGUAUUUUUAUUUUUUUGUUAAACUGGAUUUAUUUCGCUGUGGAGGAGAAAGAAAGAAAGAAAAAAAAAAGAGAAGCGAACCGGAGGAGCGGAGCGGUGCGCAAAAAAAGCCCCAAAGCAGAGGUCCUCUCCUCUCUCCUCUUCCUCUUCCUCCCCUUCUCUGUCUCUCCAUCUGUCAAUCUGUCCACCUAUCCUCCUCUAUCUAUCUGUCUUCUCCGUGUGUUUCCAUGUUUUUAGGUCCGUGAGAUUUUGCUCAAAAAAUUUAAAAUAAAAAAUGCAUCACCAACAGCGGAUGGCAGCUUUGGGAACGGACAAGGAACUGAGUGACUUACUGGAUUUCAGCGCGAUGCGAAACAGCGAUUUGAAAAUGUUCCCAACAUCCAUGAUGUUUUCCCCUCCUGUUAGCAGUGGAAAGAACGGGCCGACCUCCCUGGGGAGUGGACAUUUCUCCGGCUCAAAUAUGGAGGAGAGGUCGAGUGCAGCAUCAUGGGCGAGUGGAAGUCGUUCUUCUAAGAGUUACGCUGAUGGAUCUCAGUACAUGGCGUCACAUGACAGCCUCUCGCCUCCGUACGCUAACUCCAGGCUAGCAGGUAAAACAGAGAGGAGUUCGUAUUCGUACGGAAGAGAGUCCAACCCUCACUGCCAUCAGUCGAUUCUGGGCGGUGAGUUGGGUUUGGGGAGUCCCGGCGCUGCGUCGCCCACCAAGCCGGCCGGUCAGUACUACCAACACUACAGCUCCAACCCCAGGAGGAGAACGCUGGCCAUGGACACGAUGGAAAUUCACACAAAAAAAGUGCGGAAGGUCCCUCCUGGCUUGCCGUCCUCGGUGUACGCUCCGUCUGCCAGUACAGCCGACUACAACAGGGACUCUCCAGGUUAUCCCUCCUCCAAACCUCCCAGCGCUGGAUUCCCCAGCUCCUUCUUCAUGCCAGAUGGUCACCACAGUGGAGAUCCCUGGACCAGCAGCAGUAGCAGUAUGAGCCAGCAGGGUUACCAUGGCAGCAUGCUGGGAGGCGGGAACUCGGCCCACAGCUCCGCCCAGAGCUCCUCCUACUGCGGGAUCCACCCCCACGACAGACUGAGCUACCCGUCACACUCAUCUGCAGACAUCAGCUCCAGCCUUCCUCCCAUGUCCAGCUUCCACAGAGGGGGAGGCGGCGGCGGUGGUGGCGGAGGGGGUGGGGCCAAUCACUACAGCACCGCCUCCUGCACCGCCUCCACCAACGGCACAGACAGCAUCAUGGCUAACCGAGCGCAGAGCGGAGCAGCCAGCAGCUCUCAGACAGGAGACGCCUUAGGGAAAGCACUCGCAUCGAUCUACUCUCCAGACCACACGAACAACAGCUUCUCGUCCAAUCCCUCCACCCCAGUCGGCUCCCCACCUUCCCUAACAGCUGCCAGUUCGGCCGUCUGGUCGAGGAAUGGCGGUCAGGGAGCGUCAUCGCCAAACUACGAGGCUCCAUUGCACUCUCUGCAAAGUCGUAUUGAGGACCGACUGGAGCGUCUGGACGAUGCCAUCCACGUACUGCGGAGCCACGCGGUGGGACAGUCGACGGGAAUGAGCGGUGGCCAUGGCGACAUGCACAGCAUCAUCGGGGCGGCACAUACGCACAACGGUGCCAUGGGAGCUCUGGGUAGCGGCUACGGGACAGGACUGCUAUCGGCCAACAGACACUCCCUCAUGGUGGGCUCUCACAGAGAAGACGGCGGCAGCGUGGGCGGUCUGCGUGGAGGAGGACACUCCAUGGCCGGUCAGGUGUCGGUGCCUCAGCUGCCGGUUCAGUCGGCCACCUCACCGGACCUCAGCCAGCCCGACCCGUACCGCGCUCUGUCCGGAGGCCUUCAGGGCCAGAGCACCUCCUCCGUCAGCUCGGAGAUCAAGUCCGAGGACGAGGGCGACGAGAACCUCCUGCAGGACCCGAAGUCCAUGGAGCCCAAGAAGGAGGACCCCGACAGCAAGGAGCUCAAAGCUAUUGAGAGGUCAAGAUCUAGCAACAACGACGACGAGGACUUGUCCCCGGAGCAGAAGAUGGAGCGAGAGCGGGAGCGGCGGAUGGCCAACAACGCCCGGGAACGCCUGCGAGUCCGCGACAUCAACGAGGCGUUCAAGGAGCUCGGCCGGAUGGUUCAGCUGCACCUGAAGAGCGACAAACCUCAGACCAAGCUGCUGAUCCUGCACCAGGCCGUCGCCGUCAUCCUCAGUCUGGAGCAGCAAGUCCGAGAGCGGAACCUGAACCCGAAGGCGGCCUGCCUGAAGCGCCGCGAGGAGGAGAAGGUCACCGUGACGUCGGACGGGACUCCCCUCUCGCUGGCCGCCGCCCACCACGCUGCCGCCGCCAUGGGCGACGGGCCCAACCCCAUGGGACAAAUGUCCAAGGUGCCAGAGUUCAUCAAGAUGAUGAGUGACCACUUCCUCUGACGGCGUUUCCAUGACAACCUGGCAAUCGAUCAACUCCGACGUCGCUUCAGCCUGACCAAUCAGUAUCUCUGGAACUUCGGCCUGACCAAUCAGAUCAGCCCCUCUCUCUCCCCUCUCGUCUGUUCGUCUCGGAUCCUCCUCUUCGCCAUCGUCUCCUUUUUCCCGUCGAGAAACACGAACUGCAGAGUCGCUUUCUUCACUUCGCGUCUCCUGCUGAAGUGAACUGGAUGCUUCUUCGUGGAGACGCUAAAAACGGCCGCCGCGACGUCGCUGCUACGAGGUGUGGUGGCUUUUGGCACAAAGUGACAGCAGAUGGACAAAAAAGUGUUUGGAAUCGCAUCAUCCAAGAAAUUCUUCUUCUUGUACUACAUGUUUUAUCAGCAUUCCCAGUUUUAAAGAACAAAAGGGUUCUAUAUAAAUAUAUAUAGUAUAUAUAUAUAUAGAUAUAUUAGAAAAAAUGACAAAAAAACUUGUCUAAAAAGUGCAACUGGACACGGGCAGCGAGGAAGGGAAGGGAUUGGGGAGGGAUGUUCGGAAUGGAACAAAACAUAUCACAAAGUGUUUGAAGAGAUUUUUUUCUAAAAAAAACAAAAAAAGCAACAUCGCGCAGCUGUUGUUGAAUGCAGCUUCAGCGCAUCUCUGACUGAAUGGCAAUCUAACGCCACACUGUGGAUGAAGCUGUGCCUGAUCUCCUCUUGGAUGCAAACCAGUCAGAUAGAUACACACGGAGAAUGCAACGAAACUAAAAAAAGAAGGAAAACUCCAGAAAGACCGCACAUUUAGACAUCUCCUCACACACAUUGUCAAGUUUAAAUUCAAGUGAAAGCGAGAUUCGUAAGCAGAAUCUGCCUGAGAGUAAAAACAAAUGCUUGACUAUCAUAGACGACUAGAACGAAGUAGGGCUAAACAAGAAAGGGUAACUUGUUCUUUCCAUCUUAAUGCAUUCCCUCCUGAAGUGCAAAUAUUUAAAAAUUGGAACAUUAAUGUUUCUUGCCAGUAGCCACCUUGACUUUCUUGUACAAAUCUUAGUCGUGUGAACGCAAAUUCGAAAAAAAGCCUGGACGUUCAUACCCAAAUGACCCGUGUGUAUCUACUGGGAGGAAGAAAGUACUUUGAGAAUCAAUCAUUGAAUCAAUUAAUCAUUCAAUCAGCGAGUGACUCCAGAGGGACUGGGGUGUUUUAGUUAUCGACUAAUUACAAUAGAAAGACGGGAAGGAAGAAUGAUGCAGUGAUGAGAAAGAGUACUUCUAAACGCGGCAGGAAGGGAAGGCUUUUCUAACAUCUAGUUGUCUGCGGGUUUGUGGUGCAGAAAGAGCUCUUAGCGAACAUCCUGAAUCAGAGACCUUUGUCGGAUAUUCAAUAGCGAGGGCAGUUUGGACACUGAUUGGAAGGAUUUGCCAGGCAGAUGGUUGAGAGGAUGGACAGAUGACAGAAAUCGAUUGACGAGUGGAUUAGAGCCGGACUGAAGUGAAUUCUUUUCCAUGUUUAGCACAUUCCCUGAAUCGUGAUUGGGUGCUUCCGAUGUCCAGAAUGCCUCUUGGGGGAGUCAUAUGGGAUUGAGUCUGAGCAAAAUCACAAGGAACCGGAGCUCGAGGACAGAAUCCAGAGGUGUAAACAAAGACGACACUAUGGGGGAAGCAAAGGAACAAUCAUCAGGGCGAUGGGGUUUAUCAUUGUCUUCUGGGGGGCAAGAAGAAGUAGUCAAAGCAUUCCUGUGUUGGAUUCAUUAGAUUCCCACAUUUUCUGUCUUACUAUCUGGCUGAUGAGAACCCUAAGCCUCUAACUCCAAACUCAGACCUCCCCCAUCACUGGGGAAGGGGGUUUCCGAUUGACACUACUUGCCGUCUUGGAAUUAGACCUUGUUGUUGUUGAGGUGUCUGUUGCUAGAACUGUUAGCGCCUUCUUAUCUGGCAUCAUUUCCAACAGAUUUAGCUUUUUCAGUGCAGUGCAGAGCACUCAAAACUAAUCAGGAAUCUUUAGAGUUCCCAGUGGUGUUCUUGUUAGCGAGGAGGACCAUCUGGACUGAUUGGACCAAGGUAAACACACACCAGUAGUGAGCAGGAGUGUUAGCCAGAAGUUGUUUCACAUGCCACCAUUGUUUUAGCGUUGGGUUGUAAUACUCCCAGGUAGCUAAAUGAGUCAGAUUACCAGUUGAAUGAAAGCACAGCUGCUGCUUCUGUACCAGAGGACCAAAUAUGAGCAGAUCCAAGCUGCCUGAAUGAGCCAAGUUUUGUGUUUUCCGGUUCCCCCAAACAAAACUAAGACAUCCAGCAAUCCAACAUAUCUGAUACAGGGUUUCCUAUAGGCCCAGUGUACUCGUAAAUUCCAAAUAUUUGUCAAAAAUCUAUGUAUUUCCAUCAUAGACUGUAUGUAAAAGAUGGAUGUAGCAACAAUGAGGUCACCCUUUGGGUUAUAGGGUACCAUUUUGAGGUCUCAAAUUUGGAAUUUGCCCAUUGCCAUCUUGGUCUUUUGAAACUAGACAUAAUAAGUAGUAGGUGGAUCCAACUGAGAACCCAAAGAAACAGUGCAUGGUGCACCCCACCUCAUAAAAUACUCUGCUUUAUCAUCAAUUAUAGUCAGAUUACCACCAUUAUUUACUAAAUGUGCUCUAAAACGCUUGAAACUAGCGACUGAAACCAUAAAGUCAUUUGGAAAACAUUUAUCGAGGUGACAUAUAAGGUAGAAAUGGGGUUAUUUUCUCUUAGAUUUCUGUACAAUUGGACUCCUUUUUGCAACCAAAGGAGUUGCCCCCUGCUGGCUGUGAGAAAGAAUGCAGAACCAGAGGCUACAUCCAUCUUUUAUAUACAGUCAAUGAUUUCAAUCAAUUGUAACCCGAUCAGUAGUUCACAACCAGUUGAGAAACCCAACCAGUGAAAAUGCUGCAUCACUGUAGCAUUUCAGAGUGUACUACCGUAGCUGUUUUAUAAUCAUUAAGGCUGAUUUGGAGGUAAUAUGAUCAGAUAACUGACAAAAGUGACAAAUUAGGAAGAAUACUUAAGUAAUCAAGAACAGUUGGAACAUCUGUAAGAGCAUUAGCUUCCUGGUGUCAAUCUGGAAUUCCCCAUUCACCCCAGUUUGAAGCCCAGUUUAAUCCCCAGUCCCAGUGCUCUGCUGACCCUCGCCUUACAAGCCCUGAACCCGGAGCUCUGAACCCGGAUCCCUGAACCCGGAGCCCUGAACCCGGAGCCCCAGCCCCUCUCCCCAGUCUCUCGCCCCACCUGAGCGGUCCCACAGAUGCAAUUUGAACAUUCACACUUCUACCAAUGUGCCUUUUUAGAGUUCAUAUCAUUCAAGUUGCCAGAGGAGGACAUUUACCUGGUCUUUUAAUAGGAUGCAAGUUUAGGGAAACCUGUUCUUAGUCGUUAGGUUCUAUGCAGUCAGGUUUUUUACCAGACCUGGGAAUUUAAAAAAAGCUAAAAAGGAAAAAAAAGUAUUUUUUGGAUAAAAAAACUAAACUGUAUUUAAUGUACUGUACGCUUAUAUGUAAGUAGACAGCGUGUUCUGGCUUCAAGCCGAUGGGACAGACGCUUGAUUUAGCAAAACUAGCCCCCGUCCCAGUCCUCCCAGUCCUCCCAGUCCUCCAGAACCCCCCCCAGACCCACUUUCCUGAUCCAAGCCCCAACCCUGUUUCCAUGGUGAACAACGCGUCUCUUCUUGUAUUAUAGCUUAUCAGCUUUUUAUCAAUAUUUGAUCGGCUUGUCCGUAAGCCAAUGUAGUCUUCAGUACAAAGUGUGUGGUCGUAUGUUGUAAAACGAAUUUUGGUUUUUUUUCUUCGUUCUUCUCUCUCCUCCUUCUCUUUCUCUCUCUUUCUCGCUCUCUUUUAUAAGAAAAAUCUUUUCUCUUAUUACUUUUUUGUCUGUUCUGGUUUACAUGUCUAUUACAGAAAAAUAUACAAAAAAGAAAAAAAAACAUAAACAAAACAACGAUAAAACAUUGAAAAAAAAAAAAACACGACACAAUUUGCUAUCCGGCAGCAUUGUUCUCUGUCGGCGGUCAUUUUUGACGCGGUUUAAAAAUCCUACCCAAUCAACAGGAAAGGCACGGAAACUGGAAAAGAAUUUAUUUGAAUAAAUCAAUCUAUAUAUAAAUGUACAAAAAAAGUAUAUACAGUAUAUAACGAGGGUGCCGUUUUCUGUUAUUUUUUUAUUUUCCGUUGCAACGGAGCGUUUGCUCAGUGAAGGAGGAGUUAUUUUCUCAAAGACUGAACUGGCAGAAGUUGGCGAGGCCCCUCAGUGUUAUGAAAUUUUCCGACUGAACUUCGUUGUAUUCUCUGUUGUUGCCAUGACAACGCCCUUCCGACUAGUACGGCACCCUGCGCAGGACAAAAAAUGGGACCGGAGUUCCAUCAGCUCCAUUCAAUGCUAUCUAUCCAAGGCAACAACAACAACACAGACGUUUGUAAAUUGUAUGCAACAAAAUGGCAAACUUUACCAUUAUUUUGAAAUUGUGUAUGUAAAAGUUAUAUUUUUACAUGUAGACUGUUGUUAUUUUGUGUUUUAGAAAUAUGUUGUAUCGGUUUUUUUGUUAAAAGAUGAAAAAGUAAAAAUUCAGUGUGUGUUGAAAAAAUGUGUCACAUUGAAAAUGUAGUGAGGUCAAAAAGUUCAGAAAUCAUUUUUGUUUUUGUUUUUUUAUUAUUUUUUUUCAAUAUUCUGUUUAUAUCUGUGGGGGACAUGUUUGAGGGGUUCAAGGGAGGAAUCGGAAAUCAUAAAAGAUAUAUGAUAUUUGUUUAAAUUCUCCAUGCCUCAUGACAUUACCGUUUUUAAUUGUAUUUUUUGCAGAGAUAUGUGUAAAUAGUCAUCAGCCAUUUUAUUUUCUGUGGGUUUUUUUUUUUUCUGUGGGGUGAAGAUUUGCCAGUGAGAGACGAUGAUCACGACGAUGUUUUUGAGUUUUUGGUGAGGUUGUGUUUGUCCGGUUACAGUAGCCAGGUGCCAACUUUUUAGUUUUGAUCGGUGGUGCUCAAGUACUGUUUGUGGUUUCGCUUGCCGACCAUCCGAAGUGUAAGUCAAACUGUUGUCUUCGCUUGCACCAAGCAUCACUCGUAUCGGAGCCGACGGGAGUCACUUGUUUUUAAGAAGUUACUUUGAUUUUCUGAAAAAAGAAAACACUGAAAAGAAUGAAAAUUUGUUGAAAAAUUGACAAAAUCGCAACUGAGGUACCCAAAGAGUGUUAGCAAUUGAGUUUGGCGCCCCCUGGUGGCCGUGGCCGGCUCUGACUCCAGUGCAUUUUAUUUUUCUUUCGAGAUGGGUUGUAAAUGUUGAUGUGAAUGUUAAAAUGAAAGACCCUCAGCACCUGAUUCAAGAAUAAUAUAUGGAAAUUUUUUUUGAAAAAACAGAUUUGGAGAAAAUUGCUAAUAUAAAGAAGCAGGUCGUCAGCAAACAAUCUCUUCAGCUAUUUCCCCAAAAAGAAAUCCGAUCGUGUGCAAGGCAGUUUCAGUCUUUUGUUGUUUUUAUUUUUUUUAGUUUUUGCCAUUAAAAUUGAGCUUUUUUUUGUUAGUCAAAAGGAAAAAAGCUGCUUUGACUCGGACCUAGGUUAAACACUAGGAUUGAAUCUGUCGGUGUAAGUGCUAAAUGUGUUUUUUAAGUAAUGUUUUCUUUUUCUUCGCAAUGCUUCAUUUCAUAUUUUCUCUUUGUUGUAUAAUCAAGUCAUCUCCCGAAUUACAGUAUCAUCAUUUUUAUGUUACCCCUGGUGUUUCUAUUAGCCAAAAUGUUAACUUUUUUUCUUUUUCCUCCUUGUUGUACAUACACACCUCAUUUCUCUUUUUCAGUGACUGUGCCAUGAGCUUUGUAAUCUGUUACUCUGUACCAGUUUUACUGCAAUAAUGAGUUGAAUUCAAAA